GCCGGCGACCAUGGCUGGCGACGACGAUGAUGCCAAGUGCAACGAUGAGGUGAACGACGGCACCUACUUCAUGGCCGGCGUGAUGGCCGUGACCGGCCUCAUGGCGACCGUCCUCGCGCUCUCCGGCGUCUUCCAUUGCAUGCUUCGACGCCUCGGUCAGCCGAGCAUCAUCUCCCACAUCCUGGCCGGCGUUGUGAUCGGUCCAACGGUGCUCGGGCGCGUUGUGGACCUACGGCGGCUGGGCAUGAAGGACGCCGGCAGCGCGCUGAGAGACACCAUCUACUUCGUCCGCAUCGUCUUCAUGUUCUUCAUCGGCCUGGAGAUGGACCACCGGUACCUCCGCCACCACCUGCGCCGCUCCCUCGCGCUCGCUUGUGGCGGUUCCGGCCUCUGCCUCCUCCUCGCCGCGCUCGCCGGUCCCUUCUUCUACGGCCUCCUCCACCCCGCCCAGGGCCCCUUCCAGCCCGACAAGCUCUACGCCUCCACCGCUCUCUUCAUGCUCGUGCUCACCACAACCGCCUCGCCCGUCCUCAUCCGCAUCGUCACUGAGCUCAAGCUUACCGGCUCCGAGGCCGGCCAGCUCGCCAUUGGCGCCGCCUUCGCCAACGACAUGGCCAGCCUCACCGUCUUCAGCGUCAUGGUCGUCGGCACCACCUCCUACGGCCCGGACGGACAACCCACCCCCGCCUUUCCAGCGGCGGGAAUCGUCAUGUCGAUGGCGCUGACGGUGUGCCUGGCGGUGGCCCUGGCAGCUAGAGCAGUCAUGCUGCUCAAUAGGCUCAAGCGCGGCCGCCGCUACAUCAACAAGUACGAGUUGUGCGCCGUGCUCGUGCUCAUCGUCGGCCUCUCACUGCUGGAGCAGGUCUUCGGCUACAGCGCCUCCAUGACUGCCUUCCUCAUCGGCCUCGCCAUGCCACGUGACGGGCCCACGGCGCGCACGCUCGUCGAUCGCCUCACUUACCCGGUGCACCAGCUCGUCAUGCCGCUCUGCUUUGGGGCCAUCGGCGCCAGGCUCGACUUCGCCGCGGCCGGCAGCUUCACCGCCGCGCAGUUCGCCGUCGCCGUCGCCUUCACGACGCUGCUCGGCGCAGCUGGGAAGGUGGGCGGCACGGUGCUCGCCGGCCGAUUGCUCGGCAUCUCAGCGAGGGAGUCGCUGGUGCUGGGCUUCCUGCUCAACGUCAAGGGCUAUUGCGACAUCCUGGCCAUCAACUUCGGCAACGAGGCCGGCAUCUGGGGAGAGACGGCGCAGGUGGUGCUGCUCCUCUCCUCCAUCCUCAACACCUUCAUGGCCGGCCCGGCUUCCGCAGCCAUCGUCCGGCAGCAGCGCCGCGCCUCCCGGUACCGCUCGCGCUGCCUUCAGGACCUCAAGGUCGACCACGAGCUCCGCGUCCUGGUUUGCGUCCACGGCGCUGGGGGCGUCUACUCCAUGCUCACGCUCGCGGAGCUCUCCAAGGGCACCGCUCCGCUCGCCGUCUACCUCCUCCACCUCGUCGAGCUCAUGGCCGCGCGCAAGUACGCCAUCACGCACCUAUACCACGACGGGGAUGGCGACGACGACGGUGACGAGUGGGGUUAUGCCCGCGAGAUCGAGCAGGUGGCAGCGACGGUCAAUGCCUUCACGUACGACGCCGCCGUCCCAGUGCGCCAGAUGACCGCGAUAUCCAGCCUCGGUUCCAUGGACGCAGACGUGCGCAACGGCAUCGAGGACUCCCGCGCGUCGCUCGUCAUCGUCCCCUUCCACAAGGAGCAGCGGUACGACGGGCGCAUGGUAUGCCGCCGCGAGGGGCGGAGGCAGCUCAACCAGAGGAUACUGCAGCACGCGCCCUGCACUGUCGGGAUCCUCGUGGAACGCCGCCUCGCCGGGGACGUCGACAAGGGCGUGGCAGAGGCCAUGAGCCACGUGGUGGCGGUGUUCCUGGGCGGGCCGGACGACAGGGAGGCGGUAGCAUAUGCGACGCGUCUGGCGGCGCACCCAUCGGUGAGCGUGACGGUGGCGAGGUUCCUUCCAGCGCGAGCGGGGAAGGAAGACGGCAGUGAGAUGGCUGUGGGAGAGGAGGCGGACGAGGAGUUCAUGGCGGACGUGUGCGAGAGAUUGGUGGUGCCGGGGCAGGUGGAGUACAUGGAGAGAUACGUGAGCAACGGGGCGGAGACGGUGAAUGCGCUGAGCGGCAUGGUGGGGACGUACUCGAUGUUCGUGGUAGGAAAGGGCGGCGGCGGCGCGGCGGGCAUGACGAGCGGCAUGGGAGGGUUACUGGAGGAGGAGUGCCCGGAGCUGGGCCCCGUCGGGGAGGUGCUGUCCUCCGACGACUUCACGGCCUGUGGCACCGUCUCCGUGCUGGUGCUUCAACAGCAUCACAGUCAGAGUCACAGGAUGAGGAGAUGGAACCACGACCACAACCACCAUCCCCUCGACUGCCAAUGCACGCACCACCAUAUCGACAUCGUCACAUCGUCGUCGUCAUAGAGAUAUAUAUGUCUUAAUUUCUUCUCCAUCUCCGGUACGUACCGUACGUCGAUUGAUGGCGCCGUGCGGGGUAGCAUUAGCAAGCAGGUGUAGUGUAACAAGAGGAGGGGCGACGCAGUGGUUUGCGAUUGGAAACCAAACAUCUUCCUACAUCCACUAUAACGGGAAAUUCAGUCGAUGACAUGUACUCCACCUGUGGGGAUAGAUGAUGACUAAGUCUAAAUAGAAGGAAAAAGAUUUUAAUCCCCUGGUGUUAUCCAAACAGUUGCGAUAAAAAUUAUUUAUUUUGAUAAGAUAUAUUAAUAUAUGAUAUAUUCCU